AUGGGGGGCGAUAAGUAUAAAGUUGAGAUCCUACAUUAUUUAAACCCGUAUUUAAUUUGGGCACUGGUUGAAAAAGAUGGUGAAGAAAAUAAAACUCACUUUGAACAACUCGGCAUUUACGGGAUUUCGCCGUUAAGCGUUACGAUUGAUAUUGAAGGAACUGUAGAAACAAAUAGAUGUCAAAAAUGGUUGCCAGCGGUUUAUAUAGCUAUGAAGAAAUUGUUUCUUGAAGCUUCAGAAGUCUGGUUUUCUGUAACUUUUUGCGAUAAAACAAUAUCAAUUUUUGAUGACAAUUUACAUAAAUAUGGCGAUUUCAUUUUAAAAAUGAAUAAUGGUGAAACUGUGAGCAUGUUAGAAGAACUCCUUAAUACAGGCUUUGUCGCUGAUGAUGUUGGACUUUUUCACCAAAACCUGAAGACCAAUUUAGAUUAUGUUAAUACUGUUGCGGUAGUUAAUAAUAUCAGACAGUCAUUGAAAGUCAUAAAUAAGUCUAAUGAACAUAUAGAUGCCAUAUUGAAAAUGCAAACUUCCAUUUUCCUAAAGACAGUUGAAUUUGAAGAUGAUGCAGUCGCAGGAAAUUUUUGUGUGGGUAUUGGAGAAAAACAUUCACAGUUGAUGUUACAUAAACGGUUAAAUGACUUGAAUGCUUGCAAAGAUGUUGAUGAAAAGUCUGCUGGCAGAGCUUGUAGAAAAACUCCAGCCAGAUUAAAUUCAGGAUUAAGGAAGAAACUAAAUUUAAUUCAGGCUCAAAAAGUUUCUGGUGCACCUGCUGUGACAAAAAAUACUGAUGAUAGCAGUUCAGAAUGUAAUCAGCAUGCAGAUGAUUCUCCUAUAAAUUUUAUAGAAUCCAAAACAAGAAAGAAAAACAAUCGAAGAGGCAAACCAGGCAAAGGAAAUGUAGUUGAAAAAGAUAAAAAAUACAUAGCUUUUGGACCUCCAGGCAUCAAUCCCACAAAGUUUCAUCUAAGAGAAAUUGAAACAGAUUCAAAAUUACCACCAACAGAUAAAGAAACACAGGACAAAAAAGAUAAUGAUUAUAGCUCAAUACUCAACAAAGCAAAUUCUGAGGAUGUUUUAGAGCAAAAAGACGUACCAGAUGAGUGUAUAAAACAUAAUGACCAAAAUAAACCUGAUCAAGAUAAUACUAAGAAUAUUAAAGAGAAGCGACCGUCAUCUCCUGUACAACGAAAAAUGAAUAUCCUGAAAAAAAAAAUUGCUAAGUUGAAUACUAGCUCAUCAACUGCAGAUACCGACAGCACAGUUAAAGGUGAUGACUCAGAUUCUGAAAGUAUUUCUGCCUUAGUUGCUAAAUUAGAUGUAAGUAGCGGCAGUAUUAAAAAAGAAGUAAAAUCUGAACCCGAAACUGUUUUUACAGACGUCGGCAAUAAUGUUAAUCCAUUCAAAAAUUUAGACGGCAGCAAAUCUGUGUUUGUUGAAAAAUUGGUUAGUCCAACAUUAAUGGUACAUACUAAGAAAGGCAAUCGUAUACUACCCGUGUCAAACUUAAGAGAUAUUCCUUUUGGAUCGAAUAUUCAUGUAGUUCUAAGAAAUAUGUUAGUAAAAAAACCCAUGAGGGUACAGACGGUUUCAUGGCCUACUAUCUUGAGAGGUCAUAGUUUAUUCCUUGUGAGUCCCAACGGAAGUGGCAAAACUUUAGGAUAUUUGCCUGCUGUGUGUCGUUUAGUAAGCGACAGCAAAAAUACCGCAGAUGGAUUUUCUGUUUCUCGGUUAACAUGUAUUAUAGUUUGUGCCACUUCAAAGUCGGCCUAUCAUGUAGAGGAAAUGUGUAAGAUGUUUCUCCAUGAAGCGCGAAUUUUUGCAUGCUACUCAGGAAUGACAGAUGUCACUAUAAGUACAAACAUUCUCAAUGGAUGUGAUAUAUUAAUUAGUACUCCUCCGUUAUUGGUUCAUUUAAUGCGUGAAAAUUUAGGAUUAGAUUUACGUAGCCUUAGCACUUUGGUCAUAGAUGACUGUGAAUUAAUAUCUGAGGUUUAUCAAAAUGAAAUCAAAUUUUGCUUUUCGAAAGUUAAAGAAAUGCUAAAAGGUCGUGCCAAUAAAGAACUCAAAGUUCAGUAUGUAGUUGCUUCUAGAAUUUGGAGUACCUUUAUGUCGUCUUUAGCUAAAAAAGCACCCGACUCGGUCGUAUGUAUUGGAGCCUUCCAAGAGUGCGUUUUAUAUUCAGAGUCUGAUACUUCUUUCCAAUUUCUUGAAAAAGAAAAAAAGAUGGAAGCUGUUCUAUCCUUUUUAGACAGUAUUGAUAACUCCAAAAAGACUGUGAUAGCUUGUAGGUCGGAUGAUGAAGUGCAUCUAAUAGAAAAAGCUCUGACGAACUUGAAGUAUGUAGUUUAUGCAUGUGACAGUACUAUGACUAUACAUGAUUUGUAUGCCAUUGAUUUAUCUCUCAGCGAAUAUAGCGAGCCUUUAAAAGGACCUAUUUUAGUGUGCUGUGAUGGUAAUUUGAACCAUCUAAAUAUUACAGAUGCUCACUACUUAAUUCACUUUUCUCUACCCGAACUGUUCUCAAUGUUCAGCAAAAGAUUUGCGGUGCUAAUCGAUAAUUAUGCUUCAUUGUUUAACAGUCAAGAUAAUGGUGUAAAAAUUAAAAUAUUCCUUGAAACUAAUAAUGUGGAGCAACUGCCUAAAAUACUGCAUUUUAUAAAAAGGUGCAGCGGUAAAGUCCCGGCCGACUUAGAUAAAAUUAGUGCGUCUGUUAUGUUAAAAAAGGAUUUAGAAAAAGCUAAAGCGUUCGUUCCAUUGUGUAAUACUCUAUUGAGGCUAGGAAAAUGUGUGGACAUAGGGUAUUGCAAAGAAAGACAUGCCAUUUUUGAAGACUUUGACAAACCGUUAGCCUGGAUUCCUAGAGAAGGCACCAUAACCUUUGAAAUAUUACACUAUCAUUCCCCGGUUCAUUAUUCAGUCAGAGUAAUGUCGUGCACAACAAACAGUGGCGUCAAAAAGUACCCACAGACAUACAGUACGCUUUCUAUUAAGUUAGGAAUGUAUUACAGUAAAGAGAAAAAUAAAAAACUUCACGGCGUAGCUAAACCUGGCGAUGUAUGCGCAGUAUCUUUAAAACGAAACUUUUUUGCUCGCUGUCAAGUAUUAAAAGUUUUAAAAUACACUCAAGAUAAUCUACCUAGUCAGAUGUUAAUAAAUCUCAUUGACGAAGAGAAGCUUGAAAUGGCUUGUGAUACCUCGUUGUAUCAUUUACCUGAUGAUCUAAAGAAUAUAGACAGUCAUGUAGCUAAAGUAAUACUGGCAAAUAUAGCACCGCAAGAAAGAGAUAUUUCUUAUUCAAAACUAGCUGAGGAUCAGAUCAAGAAAAUAACAGGUAAUAGUGAAGAAAUUUACAUGCGGGCUCAAAUAUCACUGGUCAUAGGGAAUUGUAUAUUUGUCGAAACAUUAGAAGCCUGCCAAGAUUUAUCUUCAAUAAACGAAACAGUAGUAAAAAAUAAUAUUAGAGAUGAACUUUUAGAUGGUCAUGCGGUUAACAAUCCUGGUCAUAUUGAUACUUUGCUGAAACUGGGUGAACACUUAGAGUUUGUUCGUAAGAACGUACUCAUUGAAAAGGUUGAAGUUCCUAAACCAAUCAAAGUAUUGCCAAAACCAAGGUGGGCACACUUAGAUAGCGAAGAACAAACUCUUGUAUAUUACUUAUACGCUGAAAGUCCAUCGCUGUUCUUUGUACAGAAUGCCAAAUUUCAAAAUUGCCUAAAAAAUCUUCUCAGUGAUAUUAAAAAACACGUGGCAGAAAAUCCUGAACCUAUCCAUGACGUAAAACAAGGAGAUAUUGUGCUAGCAAAGUUUCCCGAUGAUACAUGUUUUGAAAGAGCCAGGGUCGAUAGCGUAAUUGACAGCAAUAACAUUAAGUGUUUCUUUGUUGACUUAGGAGACUGGAGUAUUGUGACUGCCGAUAAAGUUUUGCCAAUAUCUGAAAAUAUAAUUACGCAAUUACCGUUUCAAGCGAUAGAAUGUAGGUUAGUUGGAAUUAGACCUGUUGGGGAUAAAUGGUCAGAAUUCAGUACAAACUGGUUUGUCGACCAAUUCUAUGAGUCAGACACUAAAAGGAAAUAUUUAUUCGCAAAACGAUUUACUAAAGAAGAGGCGGAUUUCACUGAAGGUAGUAAAUACGGCAUAGGCUUGAUUGAUACGUAUGCUGACAAUGUAUAUAUUAACAAAUUAAUGAUAGAUGCCAAUUUGGCUGAGGAAAAUGAAGAGAUUGAAUAUUUAAAUACCAUUUACCUUGAAAAAACUAAAGAUUCCUCGGACGAUAGUGAUUUAAAAAACGAAUCAGAUAAUGAGAUAAGUAAGAAUACUAACGAUGAUAAAGUAACAGUUUUAAAUACCUCUCAAAAGCCAAAAACAAGAUCCUUGCCAUCACACCUAUUGCCUUAUGCCAAAAAUAAUGAUUUCAUAUCUAAUUCCACCUCGGCACUUACCUUGUCUAAUAAUAAUUUAGUAGAAAAUAACUUAACUACACCGGUAAAAGAGAUAACACCAACCAAAGCAUCAGUAUCUGAUUAUGUCGAUAAAAGUCAAAUAAAUAACAUACAUAAUACAGACUGCUCAGAAUCUGAUAAUAACAAGCAUCUGACUUUAGUGAGCCCUUUCAAAGGUGAAGGAAAUAAUAACAAUGAAGCAAAUUAUUCUGAGUCGAGCAGUUCAUCUGAAGACUCACUGGAGAAUUCCCGUGCUAACCAACAGGCUGUAAUGAAUUUGUUAAGAAGUAACCCGAUGCGAUCUAUGCCAUUAGUGAAUGACGAUAUUGAUGUUGAUCGAUGGGAUUCUUCAAACCCUAUACAAAUGCUCAUGGCUCCUAAUCAGGAUACAUCUAAUGUUAGUGAAGCACCUAAAACAAUUCUUCCUUCCCUAAAUAAUGUUAAACCAGAAGCUGAUGUCAGAAAGAAAUCUGAAAUAAUUGAAAAUGUCCGAGUAAACGAUAACAUAGACAACGUAAAAACUCUGUCAGGUACAGAUAAAGAUAUAAAACCUAUAGUCUCGUUAGGUACAUCUACAAAAUUGUCUAUAUGGUCAGUGACAGACAAUAACCAAAUAUUAUCGUUAUAUGACGAAACGUCCAAAGCUAAAAUAAUAAUAAAUUGGUGCCAAGACAAUACUAAUGUCACUAUUAAAGUACAAAUGCAGCUAGAAAAUUACGAACUCUUUAUUGAUGAUAAAAAAAUUAAGUUUCUUGCGAAAGUAAAUCAUACGGAUUAUGGGUUUGAGUUUGAACUAUAUGGGGUUAUAAAUAUUGAAAAAUCGACUCAUACAAAGAAAGAUGCAUAUGUAGAAAUUAAUCUGAACAAAGUUCUGGCUAAAAAGUGGUUGACGUUGUAUAAAGGCAGUGUAAGGAAAGUAGUAUGCGCUAAUGCAAACGUCAGAAGAAAAUCUGAUGCAGAAAAUACAAAAAACGAAGAGAAUCUUAGAAAACCAAAGAUUGUUUGGCGUCAAAACAAAAUCAAAGUUACUAUAAAAAUUAUGUUAAUAACUGAAAAAUAUGAAUUAACUAUUCAAGAUAAACAUAUCAAAUUCUAUGCUCAAGCCAACGACGAGGAAUAUGGAUUUGAAUUUGAAUUAUACGGUGUUAUAGAUGUAAACAAAUCCUCACAUUCAAACAAAGGACAGUACAUACAGGCCAGUUUGAGUAAAGUCAUGGGAAACAAUUGGCUAGUACUAGGUAAAGGAUAUGUAAAAAAAUGGAUUGUUUACGAUUUCGACGGUAUUGAUGUUUCGUCUGAAGACGAACAAGAAUUAACUGAUGACAUCACCAAUCUCCGAAAUCAUUUGAAUCUCAAUCAAGAGAGCGAUAGUGAAGAUGAUUUUGCGGACGAUGUUAAUUUUGAAUAUAAAAAACAAUAUUAG